AUGGACAGUGUGCCACUGCCCAGUCUCCUGUAUGACCAUGCUGCAGGAGACAGUUGGCUGUCAAGUGAAAACUGCCCAGUGGUCACUGAUGCCUUGGGGGAUGUUGAUUUAUCUGAAUCCCAGGAGCUGAACUACAUGGCCACAAGGUCCAGGUUGUACUGUAGGCUGGCUCCUCAAGAAGUGUGGUUAACAUUGUUUAAAAUCUCCUCCUCAGUCCGUACGAAGAAGCGCAGUGGCAGCUAUGACUCUGAUGAUGAGGACCUCAUUCCCCUAGAGCCACUGGAUCUUGUGUGGGCCAAGUGUAGGGGCUAUCCAUGGUAUCCUGCUUUGAUUAUCAACCCCAAGAUGCCUAAGACGGGUUACUUUCACAAUGGUGUUCCAAUUCCCGUGCCACCAGAUGGCGUGCUAGACCUGCAGAAGAGAUUUGAAGAGCCAGUCUAUUUGGUGCUGUUCUUUGAUACAAAAAGAACAUGGCAAUGGCUACCCAGGGACAAGCUGGACCCUCUGGGUGUGGACUCUGGUCUGGACAAGAGCAAGUUAUUGGACAACAAGAAGCCAGCGGUCAAGAAAGCAGUGAAGAAAGCGUACGAGAAGGCCAUUGCUCACAGGUGUAGAGUAACGGGAGAACCAAACCCUCUGUCUGGUGAAUCAAGCAGCGAGGAUUGAUCUGUGUGUGUGAACUGUAUAAAGUCUAGUAAAAUGGAAUCUGAAGGGUUUGCCCAGCCAUUUGGGGGGUAAAUUCAAAGUGUCAGGAUGGAUUUCUGAACAAUCUGAAUUCUAGUGGGUGAAGGAAUGGGAAUCUUGGGGAUGAAAAGCCAAAGAGGCUUACCCUACCAUUGGAAAAACAUUCAAAAAGUGAGGUAGCAGGCAUAGGCAAGAGAAGGCACUAGAGGAAAAUCUUUGGAGGAAGUUAAAUCUGUUUUCUCCCUUGUGAGAAGAAUACUUAAGGUAGCAAAUCUUUUGGUGUCCCAGUGUCCAGGAAAUUUAAACUGUGCUGUGGGAAAUGGGAUCCUUUUCUGGACAAAAUAAAAAAGCCUGUAUCUGUGUUCACAAAGUCAUAAAUAGAGAAUUUUCUCUGCCUGAGGCAAGGAAGAUAUAUUUUUGCAGAACUAAGAACUCUGCAGGGAAUUUUUUUAAAAAGUUGUCAGUUCAAGUCAACUCAAAACGGAGAAAUUAUGUAGCAGAGUGACAAUGAAUGCAUUUACUGGAAGCUCACCUCUUGCACACGCAACUUCUGCUUAGCUUUGGAGUGAAUGGCAGAAUAAUGCUUUAUAAUUUCCAGAAAUUAACAGAUUUAUUUUAGAUAAUUUAUUUUAAUGACUUUUUUUUAUUUCAGCAGUUCAUUUUCUUUAAAUUUGUCAAAUCUAGCACAUGAAAUAUUUCAAUACCUGGCAGUAAAGAAUUAGUGAAACCUCACGAAGGCAAGUAGAAGAAUAAAAAUUAAAACUGGAACAAGUUUUUUUAUAUUUUUUUAUAAAUAACAAAAAUUGGACAAAGCAAAAGCCCUUUCAACAGUUGUGGCUUAGAGAUCCGAAAUCCCUGCAGUGUAGGAAAUUGCUGGAUUAUGCCAUAUUUAGUGAGGCUGUGAGCCUGUCUGAACCAUUGUCUUUUACAAUGAACGUAUGAGUCGCCUCGCAGUCUUUUCUCUCUUUUUUAUAAGUGUGUAUUUUUGAUGAUCAUUCGUGUAUUAAUUUCUUUUUCUCUUAAAUGGUAUGGGUAGUAAGGGUGUUGACUGUGAUUUGUGGAAUUUUUAAUGUUUAUACUACAGUAGUGGGCUUGUGAUGCUUCACAAUCGGAAAAAAAAAGUAUUGUCAUGAAUGUUAAGAACGUAUCAUUCACUUCCACUAAGAAAGUCUAAUAGUUUCAAACUUUUGAUUAUUUUGUUUAUUAAUUUGAGCAGUGGCUAUGUCUUCUCUUUCUUAUUAAGAUGUAAAAAUUAAAGAGAAACUUUAGAGUAAACAAAAGGAAAAAACUGCACUGCAAUGAGGAAAGGAACACAUUUUACCUUAACGUGUGGUUGUUAUCCUAGUAGAUUUUUUUUUAUAUCUUCACUGGGAAGAAUUUAUAGCAUCCAACAGAUUUGCUGUACUUGUCGUAAAAAUAGAUAGAUUUACUCAUUUAUACGUAUAAAUGGAAAGAAAUGAUUGCAAGGACUUGAUUAUCAAUUUCACUGCCAGUUGCACAGAUACUAAUGUUUUAUGUAGGUUCAUGUAGCAGCAUACAAAAAAAUAGAAUUAUAGAUAUUAUUAACCAGCAUAUUUGGUAAGAGUUAAUGUUGAAUUUAUUGAUAUGUUUGUUAAUACACAAGUGUCUAAGAAUACAAGGUGUGUCACUGUUAAUGUUUUCUUGAUUCUAUCACUCUGAUGGCGUUUUUUAUUGUAUUAGAUGUAACAUAAAUGUAAAUUGGAUGUAAGUAUACAGUGUUAUAAAUGACUCCAAUGUUAUUAAACAUUUUGAAAUAUAAAGAAA